AUGUCUCCGCCCACUGAAGCUACCAUACCGGCGACUCGGCGGACACGCAAGUCGAUAGGCGCGCAUACCGACAUUCGAAAAGCCAUGGACAAGGAAAACGCGACUGUCGACGUCGGCAGCUCGCUGGCCGCCAAUCGCAAGAAGUCUAGGAGCAAGAGCAUGGGGCCUGGGGGGCUCGAUGCUUUGAAGCAAGGUCAUGGAAAUAGGCGCGCAUCCCUAGCCGCUCCGAUCAAACCUCCGCGAUCGAUCCUCAAACCUACCAUAUCUGCGCUUCCCGAGAUUCCCCCCUUGAAGAAAGGAGGUAGAGGCGCGUCGAGCUCCGGAAGCACACGCGACUCUACGAGUACCGCAAGCUCGGGUGAGGACUCGAGCUCCAAGAUAGCUGUACGGACCGAAGAGGAGCAGCAGGCCGCGGCGCGCGAACGGGAAGAACGUGAGCGACGAGAUGCUCGCCGAAAAUCUCUCGCGAACCGACGGGUGUCCUUUGCGGCAGAAGCGACACUUCACACUUUUCACGAAGUGGAAUAUAUGCAAGACUCCACUACGUCGACAGAUUCGUCACGGAGAGCAUCGGCUGCCGGCAAAUCUUCUGAGCCUCCUACUGCAAGCCAAAGAGAGGAAACUCCUCAAGCGCAAUUUGACACUGUACCCGAUUCUCCGGACGAUCAGCGAGAACUCCAUCAACGCAAGCGACGCAGGAGCUCUGGCCUCCCGUCGAUGAACUUUGGCCCAGCAGAUGACGAUACGAUUGCCUCCACAAUCUACAGCUCCGACUCCGAGCCUGCGGACGCCGUUGAAGAGAUCGAAGAGGAAGAAGAUGAUGGAUCGAGCAGCGAUUCCGACGGAGGGACCAUGAUGACAAUGGAAGAAGUUACGGGAACGACAGUGGCAUCAGAGCGGUCCGUCGGGGCACACGAUGACUCGACGCUAGAUGAGGCGCUGAGGAUGGCGGCACACCGCGCUGGGACGCAAAACCUGGGCAGCGAUCAGGAUGAUGAUUUUCUCGACGACGGCGAGGAAGUUAUCCCCUCCUUUGGCUGGGUCAAAAAGCCAGCCUCGUCGGGCUCGGCGGCCGCGAGUGGCAUCAACACAAGCCAGCCAUCCCGAGGCAGCGGCUCCAAUGCAGGAGGCGAUGGCGACACAGCCAUGGACAUUGAUAUGGACAUGGAUAUGACGAACGCUGUCGGGCGAAUCCUCAAACCAUCAGACGGCAACGAAACGGACCACGGCGAGGACAUGUCCAUGGAUGUCACUCAGGCUUUUGGCGGUAUCCUGUCACACAACAAGGGCCGGGCGGGGCCCAUGCCCUCCGAGGCCCAGGAGUCUGCGCCGAUGGACGAAGCCACGAUGGAGUUUACGACUGCACUGGGUGGCAUUCACCGGUCCCAGGAUGACGAGCUAGAGGAUGUCGGCGGCAACGAGGACAUGUCGAUGGAGCUCACGACCGUUAUGGGUGGUGUUCUUUCCCAAUCAAAGGGGAAAAAGGCGGCCGAAAGCCGACGAAGGACCCUUAAUCGUGAACGCGAUGCCGACUUGGAUGAUGCGACCAUGGACAUGACAACUGUUGUCGGUCGGAUUAUACCCCGGGACAACAAUGCUGCAGAUGAGGAUAUGACCAUGGGUAUGGACAUGACCACAGCCAUCGGUGGUAUCAUCAAUCGAGGCGAAGCCAGUCCUCGUACUAUCAACAAGCGCAUUAUGGAAGAAGAGGCAAGCCGACCAAACAGCCCGAAGGGCGCCAUCAUCGCCGCCGUGUCACAGAAGGCACUCUCCAGAAGGUCAUCGCGGAAUUCGCUACCAGCAAGCGCGCCGCCGCCCGAAAGCCCAGGUCUGUCGGCCUUCCGGGGUAAAGGGCUGCGUCGCAGCAUGGGGCCCGAGGCCCAGAGCACCCCAAGACAAGGCGCCCAGUUGCGCACGCCUUCGCCGGCCAAGUCAGCAACUCCUCAGCGGAAGAAAUCAGUCACACCAAGUCGGGGGCCAGGAUCUCGAACCAAGACUCCAGACUCUGCCCCGAAAAACCCGCAGUCUCCAGUCAUACGAACUCCCUCGCCAGAAAAACCGAAAAAUACUCGUACUUCGUUCUUCCAGAGCGAUCCCAAGACAGGCAGCAGGACCCCUACCAUCGUGCUGACGCCGCAGAAACGGCCCCUCAGCGGCGUUGGUGUGGACAGGCCUGGACUUGGGUCGCCCCAGGUCGCGGCAGUAUGCGAUCGCCGGAGUUCCAUCGGUGACGCCGCCGGCGAAUUCGUCCUUGGAAAGCGAGCCGUGGCAUUUGCGGACCCCAAGGAGAUGGAAGAGGAGUUGGACCGGGAACGACGAGAUGAUGAAGACAAGGAGAACCGUCGCAAGAUCCUUGAACGCGAGGCAGAUGGGUCUCAGGAAGACAAGGAUGCUACGUUCAACCUGCGAGAGAUGAUUGACAGCCUCAGCCCCAAGCGCAAUCCUUUAAAGGGAAGGAAGAGCUUGCACAUGGGAAGCGCACGAGGUCUGCUGGGAAAGCGGCCAGUCGAGUUGGACGACGACGAAGAAGCUGAAGAAAACGACGGCGUCAAGCGGCUUAAGGGGCACCAGAGCAGUCCGGUCAAGAAUGUCCGAUUGCAGCAGCCGCCAUCCAAGGCCGAGACCACUGGCCGUCUGACCAGGUCCGCGCGACGAAGUCUUGAGCAGGGUGGUAGUGCCAACACACCGUCCCUUUCGUCGCCGCUCAAGGAGCCGGCAACAACGCCCCGACGAAAGGGCCACUUCAAGGACGUCAAAGAUAACCAUACCGUCCACGAGGUCAACUUCCACGAUACCCAGCCCAAGGAUGACGCGGAGCUCGAAAAGGAGGCGGAUGACGAAAGGAUACACCUUCAGGACUUCCUCAACAUGACAUCCAUACGCUUCAUGGAGCUUACGACGACCAAACGACGACACACCGUUGCGCCGGGCAGCCUGCAAGAUGGAUCGACGGCAGAUGGGCAGGACAGCAUGUCGCUGGAGCGUUGCGUGGUUGCUGGCGCUUGCACGGUGCCCAUGCUGGAGUUGUACCAGCACUCCUGCCGCGAGCUCAAAAAGUACAUCUCGGAAGGCCGACGCAUGGUGAAGGAAAUCGAAAACGACACAUUCGAGGACAACCCGCCGCUCUUCCGCGAAUACAUGUCUGCCACGCCGGACGUCAAGGCCCUCAUGGACAACCAGUUCAAGAAUGUCAAGACUCACGCCAGGUUCCUAAGCAAAGCCAUGUGGUACGAGUGGAGAAUGAAAUUGCAAGACGGCCUCAAGGAGGGCCUCGUGGGCAUUGCUGAGGGAAUGGAGAGCGAUGACCAGGUUCUUAAGCAGCAGGAAGACUUACUCGCAUCCGUCCUGCCUGACAUUGUCAAGCGGUAUGAGGCUUUAGACGAGGAGAGCAACAACCUCCAAGAAGUCGCCCGUGAACUUGCCGACUGCGACCCCGCCGAGCUGCAGGCAGCGCGGAAUGAGCUGAGCAGCCUCGAAAGCGACAUUGCACAGAAGAAGCGCAUGAUCGCUGAACUUCGCCAGCAGUUCGAUGACUCGUCAGCAGAGGUGGAGGUACUGGCGGCUAAAAAGCAGCACUGCCUGGAGGAAAUCGAGAAGUCGGAGAAGAUCAGGGAGGAAUGCCGUGGCUGGACAAGCAGCGAGGUCAACACCCUCAAAGCGCGUGUCGAGACAAUCGAAAAGAAGCACGGCUGGGCCGUCACUGGUCUGUCCGGGACGACGCUCUCCAUGACGUACAAGCGAGAGAUCGAGCUUGUGUUCGACAUCGCCUCAUUCCAACCUCACCAGCCCAACUCGCGCAUCGACCUCUGGUACAUCGCCGACAUCCGAGAGCACAAUCCCGUGCCCAAGACGGCCGAGAUCGAGUUCUUCCUGCAAUGCAUGCGCGACGGGGUCCGCGCUCUGCCGCAAAGUCGUACCAAGAUAUCCGCCAUGCUCGACGCGGUCCGCUCAGGCUGGGACACGGCGCAGCUGGUGGCGGCACAGAUCCGCCGGGUCAACAUCACGUUCCCCACCACGGUCAUCAAGACGUCCGACUCGAGCAUCGCCAUGACCAGCUCGCUGCUCCUCAAGCCGCUCGAGACGAGGGUCGAGAUCACACUGAACCUCCACGGGCGCAGCGAUCCGACCGGCCUGGGCGUGGGCAUCUCCGCCGAGGCCAGGGUGGUCUACGGGGAGAACUUCAAUGUGGACAAGGUGGGCGAGUUCCUGAUGACGAGGAUCGGAGACACGGCGCGUUUCGAGGGCGAGGACUGGAGCAAUGUGGUUGUUGAGCUGCAGCAGAGGCUCAUUGCCAGGGGGAGGAAGUAG